CUUCCGGCUCCCUUGCGGAGCUGAACCCCGCCAGACUACAGCAGGACUCGGGGCGCGCUGGGUCGUGGGGAGGCCAUGCCCAAGGGGAGGCGGGCCAACCCCAGCACCGCGCGGGAUGGCGCCUGGGUAAGGCGAAGCCCUUAGAGAAGGAGCCUCUGAGCAGCUCUGCUGGUCGGCGGCGGGUGUUUGUGUGGGAAGGGAAGGGAAGGGAGAGAAAGGCAUAGCCCAACGUCUCAGGUUGCAGCCUGUUGCUUAUUUCGUCUUAGUGCUAAAUUCCACUACGAAACAAGGAUGGAGUAGUGCAGCUAAGUACUUAGACCUUCACCUAUAACGGUCUUGGGGAGCGGGGUGUGUGGUGGUUUUAUAAGGCCAUGUGUAUUACUUAAAGGUGUGAAAUUUAAGCACACAACAUUUAUUUUCAAAUAAAUACGCCAAUCCACGGACUUCUACAAUCCUGUUAAGUUAGAGCAAAAGUCAUGUGCAGACCCUGAUCUAAAAAACCCCUAAUGAUACUAUGAACUUGUGCAGUUUUGCAUUCUGAACUCGCUUAAAAUUGUAGCACCAGGUUGGCUGACAGUUUUUUGAACAGCCCUGAGACUUCUGGGUAUAGGGCAGUAUAUAAAUUCUUUUUCUCUGAUGCUAAACACACUUUCCUGGAAACAAGCAUCCUUUUGUUGCAGAAAGGGAUACUAUAAUGUUAAAGUAAAAGUACAGUGGUACCUUGAGUUAAGUACUUAAUUCGUUCCAGAGGUCCAUUCUUAACCUGAAACUGUUCUUAACCUGAAGCACCACUUUAGCUAAUGGGGCCUCCCGCUGCCGCCGCGCUGCCGGAGCAUGAUUUGUGUUCUCAUCCUGAAGCAAAGUUCUUAACCUGAAGCACUAUUUUUGGGGUAGCAGAGUCUGUAACCUGAAGUGUAUGUAACCCGAGGUACCACUGCAAUGAAAUGAGAAUAUGUAACCAUGUAUAUAACUGGCUACCUCUGACUGGAUGGGGCGCCACCUGCAGCUAUGAGUAUCGGCUUUGCUGUGCCCCCCUCAUACCCACAUGCUCAUCCAGGGGUUGAUGUGGGGCCUGUUUGCCAUUAUCUUCAUCACUCUGCAUUCUCUGGAUUGUCAUUCAGAGCCCUCUGGGCUGUGGGGCCCUAGACUUUGGGGCCCCACAGUCCAGCCUUAGCUUCACCAAUAUAAGGAACCAUUCCUUUAAAUAAGGGACAGGUAAUAACAGUACAGGAUAAAUGGAAGUGUGGACAAAUCCUGUAAGAAAUCAAGUGUUGGCAGUUGCUUUGGAUUUGUUGUCAUCAUGAAAGUCAAGGAUUUCUUAGACUGGUUUCUACAGCUGUAUUUUCUACAAUAAUCUUAUCAAAGGUGCACCCUUUCCCCUAAUAACAACAACACACACAAAGCAAUCCCCCCCUUUGGGUGUAUUUCCAUUAUUUCUCUUCCCCCGCUAACACUCAGGUUUACUUGUCUAAAUAUUUGUCUUCUCCAAAAUUUUACUGCCCAGUUAGUAUGCUGCUCUCCCACCCCCCCCCGUUUGCCAAAAAAACACCUCAUUACCUUCGUCACUGCUGGCAGUCAUAUAAUAAUAAUAAUAAUAAUAAAUUUUAUAUAUAUCCUGCCCUCCCCAGCCAAAGCCAGGCUCAGGGCGGCUAACAACAAACAAAUAAUCAAACAAUCAAAUAAUCCAACAUUCUAAAACAUUUCAUUAUAAAAAUUAAUUAAAAUCAAAUUAAUGGCAACCGUUAAGCAAAGUUCUGUGCAGGUUGCCAGAGGAGGGAGUCAGGCUGGGCCCUGACCAAAGGCCUGGUGGAACAACUCUGUCUUGCAGGCCUUGCGGAAAGAUGUCAGGUCCCGCAGGGCCCUAGUCUCUUGUGACAGAGCGUUCCACCAGAUUGGAGCCGCAGCCGAGAAAGCCCUGGCUCUAGUUGAGGCCAGCCUAACCUCUCUGAGGCCUGGGACCUUCAGGAUGUUUUUAUUUGCAGACCGUAGGUUCCUCUGUGGGGCGUACCAGGAGAGGCGGUCCCGUAGGUACGAGGGUCCUAGGCCGUAUAGGGCUUUAAAGGUUAAAACCAGCACCUUAAACCUGAUCCUGUACUCCACCGGGAGCUAGUGCAGCUGGUAUAGUACCGGAUGAAUGUGAUCUCGCAGCGAAGACCCCAUAAGGAGUCUCGCCGCGGCAUUCUGCACCCGCUGGAGUUUCUGGGUCAGUCUCAAGGGCAGCCCCACGUAGAGCGAGUUACAAUAAUCCAGUAAUCUGGAGGUGACCGUCGCGUGGAUCACAGUGGCUAGGUCAGGGCGAGAGAGAUAAGGGGCCAACUUGGCGGAGAUGAAAAAAUGCCGCCUUUGUUAUAGCUGUAAUCUGCGUCUCCAUAGAGAGGGAGGUAUCGAAGAUUACACCCAAACUCUUAACAGACGGUGCUGGCACUAAUUGCACCCCCGCAAGAGAUGGGAGUUGCCCCCCCAAUCCCAUAUCGUCCCGUCCCAGCCAGAGGACCUCUGUCUUCGAAGGAUUUAACUUCAAUAUAAUGGGCAGAAGCAUAACAGCAUCUGAAGUGUGCUAUAGUCCAUGACAACUUCUGCCAUAAUAAAUCCAUUAGUCUUUAAGGUGCCAUAAGAGUCUUUGAUUUUUGUUGUUGCUGCAAGUUAUUAACAUAGCUACCCUUUGGGAAAAUAUUUUGAAGUUCUAAACUGAAGUGACAGUACAAGGAAGUGUUCACAGCUCUAGUAUCGAUUCUUCAGUUCAUCCUGAAGCGGUUAAUAAUAUGCAGAGCAGGUUUAUGACACUGUCUGGCUCUCUCCUGAAACAUGUGAACACUGCAAUAACAUUGAAAAACCCUGUUCCUACUUAAGAUCACUCUUCCACUAGAGUGGACCAGAAUUGCAGCCCUACCAAUUGAAUAGGCUUGCUAUUUAUUAUGAAAUUUAUGUGCGUUCUAUUGCUUUCAUUCAUAUAUUUAAAUUACCUACCCAAGCUUUGAAAAUUGGAAUUAUAUUUUAUUUUGCAUUUGAUAUUUGGUUUGUUAAGUGAAAGUAGAGUGGGAUUCUUGCUUCUUAAUGGAGCCUCUAGGUGUUGCUGCAAUACAAAUAAUACAAAUGUGCUUCUACUUUUUAUAUUUUGUUAUGUUUUCUUUAUACUUUUGUUUCCUUUUUAUGUUUCACAGUUUGCACAGUCUGGAAAGCUGCAAAUAUUUCCUGAAUCUCUUACAGCCUCUAUGCAAAAACAGAUACUAAAUUUAGAUGCUACUAAUCAAAUCAACAAUAGAUUGCCACAGAUGUACAAAGUUCGGGAGAAGGUCAGUAAACAUUCUUGCAUUCAUGAGUGUCAAUUUGAUGUAUGAAUGUUUGUGACUACUUGCUAGACUGAUUAUUUAUUAGGUAAAAAAUUAAAUUAGCUUCAGUUUUAAAAACUAAACGUAACUUUCUACCCAUAUUAUUAAUCUUGUAAUAUUCUGGGCAUAUGUUGAUAGUUAUUAAAUGUACACUGUAAAGUAUUACAGAAGUUUUAACUUACAAUUUCACUUUUGACUGCACAAAUGUAUUUUUGUCCAGUUUAUAUGCGAUAGUAUUAUACAUGUUGAUAAUAAAAUGUAAUAAAAUGACUUAUUUCAUAUAGGGCCGUCUUAAUUUAGUUUUUUAUGUCCUUAAGAUUUAAGGAUGAGGAACCUGUGGCCCUCCAGAUAUUGUUGGACUAAAUUUUUCAACAUCCCUGACCUUUGGCCAUCUGCUUGGGGCUGAUGGGAGUUUGGAAGUCUUAACAACAGCUAGAACAGACAUAGGCAAACUCGGCCCUCCAGAUGUUUUGGGACUACAACUCCCAUCAUCCCUAGCCAACAGGACCAGUGGUCAGGGAUGAUGGGAGUUGUAGUCCCAAAACAUCUGGAGGGCCGAGUUUGCCUAUGCCUGCGCUAGAGGGCCACAGGUCUUCCAUCCCUGCUCUAAGUAGCUCUUAUUCAGUACAUUAUAUAAGCCCAUCAGAAUCCAGCUUCUAAUGUAUCAUACUGGCAUGACAGUCUGGAUCUAAAGAAAAAAUAUAUAUUAAUAAAAUCAUCUAUUAGGUUAUAAAUGAAAACAUCUUGCUUAAAUAUCUGAAUAUUUUAGAGAUGGUACUGGCAAUAUUUUUUGUCAUGGAAACUGGUCUGUAUUUUCUCAGGCACAGGUUCAUGUGGAUAAAAAUAGCAUCUGAACUGGGCAAUCACUGAUAUGAUUUUCAUGACCAUGAUGUUAUGUGUACCUCAACUUUCCUGAGCAGUGGAAGUUCUAGGGCACAGUGCUUAUGUGGGUUCUGUUUCCUUUGAAAGGAGAUCACUGGAGGCUUAUGGAGUUUUGUAACACUUGAGUUCAUGUACAAAUAUAGAGGUUAAAAGUAGGUAGAGGCACAGAUUAAACAUGCAAAUAGACAGUCAAAUCCACUGCUCCAUAUAGACCUCCAGAGAGAGGCAACCCUGAUGCUGUUAGCAGAGCUAAAUCCCGAGAGCUCCAUAAGCUAUCUAUCUCAAUGCAUGUUCUCCUCUCAGGGUGUAUAUUAUAAGGUGCAUUCAAUGCUGGAUGCAGGUGCCUUUUUGUGGUGCUGUACACCUGUCGUCCCCAUGUCAUCCUCAUUUUGUUGUUGUUGUUAAUGAUUUCAUAAAAACUAAAUGGAGAGAUGUAUCACUUCUUCCAACAAAACAGAAAAGAAAAAUAGAGAGAAAGCACUAUUGAUAAAACAACUUUGUUUGUAGAUCUGGAAUAGUUAAAAAAAACACAAUAACAGUCAUACUGUACAAACACCAAUGAACCUCUUGACCUAUGAUUGCUUUCCAGUAUAUCCAUUUUGUAUGCUUUACACGGAUAUAAAAAUUGUUCAGAUUACUGAACAAAUAUCAAGAAUUAGACAGUUAAAGGGUAUCUUUCUUAUUUAACUGCAUAUAAUUAAAAACAUUUACAAAUUAUUUGAAUAAUUGCAGCAAAUUGCAAGAAACAGAUGGUAGACAGGAUAAACUAUUUUUCAAAUAUUAUUAAUUUACUUUUUUUUAAAAAAGCAACCACCUAUAAUUGCAAACAAAUGGACCAGGAAAUAAUGUCAUUUGAUGAAGGAAAAAGCACAUAAAUAUGGGCUUCCUUAAAUAUGAGCUGCACAGAUUGCCUUGCAUUCUGAAUGUAUGUAUGCAUACAUGUAUACUAUUUAUUAGCUGAUCUUCUGCUUAAACUCUCACCGUGCCUUACAGAAUAAAACAAUGAAAGCAAUAGAAUAACAUGCAAUAAAACAUCUACAGAUUAGAAGUUGAGGCAGAGAAUAAUAAAAUUCCAGCAUAAACAUAUAACACAAUCUUAGACACAUCUACUCUGAAGUAAGUCCCAUUUAUUGCAAUAUAUAUUCAAUUCAAUAGAGCAUUUCUUCCUGGAAAGUAUUGCAGGAGAAGAGGCUUAAAAGUCCCCAGCAAGUCCUGGGUUUUCACCUGGGGCUUAAAAGAAAACAAAGACGCCUGUCUUCCGUCACUACCUACUAUGUUUGAGAUGCAGAGAGAGAGAGAGAUUGGUGUAUUUAAGACAAUUUGGAUUAUAGAUACAUAUACCCACCUCUGAGAAUAUUAGGUAUAUCAAGAUUUUGCAGAAGGGUUUGAAUCUGAAGAAAUUCAGAAUUCAGUGAGAUUGAGGGGAAAGCCAAGGAGUAUGAGGAAGAGUCCCUUGAUAGAGUGUACAGAGCAGCGGCGUAGCGUGGGUUGUCAGCACCUGGGGCAAGGCAAGUAAUUUGCGCCCCCUAACCCCUAACCUGCCGCCGCUGCCAGCUUCUUCUUGCUGCUGCCUGGGCUGGUCUGGUGCGGUUCUCUCCCGCGCUCAGCACUGCGCUGGGCGGCCGCUGCACUGUCCCUCCCCCAGAUAGUCCCUCGCUCUCUCUCCGCACCGCACGCCUGGCACCCACCCCCUCCACAGUGGGCGGCGACCCAGCGGCUCGGAUCGGAUUCGCACAGCCAGCACUGCAGUGAGAGAGAGUGAGUGAGCCAGGCAGGGGCAGAGAGCUGCGAGUGCGAGCGCCCCCCCCAGAUGUUGCGCCCGGUGCGGCCGGCCCCCCCUGCACCCCCCACGCUACGCCACUGGUACAGAGGGCUUUCCAAUCCCAUCACCAAAGCCUGAAAGAGCAAAGGGGCUUCUCUUCUCAUGGGUCUGAAGAUUCUGGAAGGCUGUUUGGGCGCUACAGCUACAAUGGCUACCAUAUUUACAACUUCCCUCACAACCAUUCUAUGCCCCAGCCAAUCUGCUCAGGACCCAAAGCAGAACCUCAAAUGUCAGCGGGUUCAUGUGGGAAAAGAUGGUUCUUCAGUUAUGUGACCAAUUUCCCUCUGUCUGUUCAUUCUUGUUGUAGAUUGUAUAAUGUAGAGGAAGGGAAAUAGAUGGAUUUCACAACUAACUUUCAGCAGUCCAAGUUUUUAAGCAUAAGAAUACAUGGCUGUACCAUUCUAUUUUAUUAAGCUGGCUAACUCUUUUCUGAAUGCACAAGAACAUACAUAAGAAAUGAGUCUCAUUAUUUCUGUAUGUAAUAUUAAUUUAGGAGGCAUGCCUUCUGUGUUUUUCAAACGUAUUUUAAGGAUGGGGUUAAAUAUCACUGUUUCCUUCCCAGUAGAGUGAUUUAGUGAAGCUAUGAGGGUACAUCCCAGAGGUUUUGGUUUUACUUCCUACAGUUCAAGCAGCUGCAGACUUUGUAAUCAACAAUGGUAUCCUUCAAAAGGGCAAAAUUAGCAACUUGAAGGGAAUUUGUUCAACUGAAGUAAAACUUGAAUGGAAUAUGCUCUUGCUGAACAUCAAAGCCAAGUAAUGCAACCUUUCACAGGAUAGUUCUCUUUGAGAAUAAAAAACUGUUUUUUGUUUUUUUGUUUCCAACCUACUACAUGUUAAGUUUAAUUGGAUUCUUUCUUAGUCUGGUGUUUGCUGAGCUCACGGUAACAGCAACCAUGUUUUAGAAACAGGAAUAGAGCAAAAGGCUAAAGAUCUGUGUCUGAGGGUGGAGGGGGAUUUAUAUUUCUAAACCAUCUGUCAUUUUGGCCACUGAUUAAAAGAGGCUAUUAAGCCAUUGGUCUAUUAUGUUCUGAUCUGGCUUUAAUUAGUUUGACAUCUAUUUAUUUCUGUUGUUUGUUUGUUUUUUCCACUGUUUAGGAAUAUUCUGAGAAGUAUGUAUGAUCCUUUUAUGAUGAACUAAAAUAGACAUGUCAGAAUGAGCAGAUUGCCAUUAGGUGGUAUAUGAUGUCACAAAAACACAGUGUGAGAGACUUGACUUUACUUGAACAAUUUUUGAAUAACUGCUGGAGAAGGCUUUUCUCCAGUUUAAAAGAAACUGGAAGCUAACUGUGGGCAACAGCUGACUGUCUAAUCUCUCCCUGUGAGGCACCACUCUAGCUGUGAGAUUAAUUAACUUGCUUAGAGGGAGCACUACAGCAUUUCCUUAGUUGUAUCACAUUGUUCUUACUUUUGUUGCAGUCUUGCAAAUGGUUUCAAGUAUAGCUGAAUUAUUUAAUCAUUAAGACUGAGUGAAUUCACUUACUACAUACAUAAACUGGGGUCCAAAGGUGGAACUAGUUCCAUGUACCCAAGGGGCAUUUAUACUUGUAUUUCCCAAAAAACAAAAUAAAACAGCCUGCAUAGCAAGCAGUUUUUAAAACUGAGGGGACUUUCAAAAGCCGUUUGUGAUAUGACAUGGGGAUCUGUUCAAAGAAAAAGAAAAAGUCAAAAAUUCCCCAGGGUGUACCCAAGUCCUUGGGGAUGCCUAAAGUAGCUCUUUGAAUCCUGGUAUUUCCCAUAGUACAUUUUAAAUAAGUCCUUUAGUUAUGUGUUAGAGGGCCUAGAAAUGUUCGUGGAUAUAACUGCACUCAGUGGAUCUAAAAAAAAAAAAAGAUUUCUGAAAUUUUUGACAUCUUCUAUCAGUUAAUUCUGGUCAUCGAUUACAGUGGUAUUAGGGUAGAUAUCUAGGCUGGCAGAGCAGAUCUUGUCAUUUUUUUCGGUUUACCUAGAUCCUUCUUUGAAAAUUGUAAAACCAGACUCAUGGUCUAAAAUAGAGAAUAUGCUGAGAAGUGUUAGGUGGGGCCUGAAAGAAAGGUUUCUCAGUUAAAUGUGUUAUCUGAUCUUUGCUUUCCAAUGCAUGUUAGAGAACAGAAACUCUUUAUUUCUGGAAUUCUGUCAAUCUGGCAGGCUGAAAUAGGUGAAGCCGGCAAUAUUCAGAUAAAUAAAUUUUUCGUGUGCACAAUAUUCGCAAUUAUAAGCAAACAUUUUUGCAGUUGAAACAAUCAAAAUAUAAUGUUGGAAUGCUAUUGACUUCUUAGAAAAUUUUAAGAAUUGUUAUUAGUAGACUGGCCCUACAGCAAAACCAACAUCUGCCUUUGCAGUUUUGUUGCCCUCCCAGCAGUAAAGUAAAAAGCAAAAUAAUAUAUGAAUAAGCAAGAGAUAACAUGGCAGCACCAGAAGCCAUUGCCACAGGGGCCCCCAGAAAUGUUACUAUUGUGCACCAACCAUAGCCACAUUAGAUGGGCGCAGAAGGCACAAGUCACUGCAUGGUGAUGGCCCACACACCUUCACAUGUAAAAACAAAAUCCCAUACACAAAUCAUCCAGGAAGAGCUGACAAUGCAAUGCCCAGUUCAGCUUCCAUAUGUCAAGAUCAGUGUACCUCCAGUGCCACAAUCAAGUGAAACCUCAUCAGAUGCAGCACAUACCAGAGGGGUCAGGGCCUCCUGUAGGAAACCCCAACACUUCACUGAAGGAAAACACUUGUUCAGGAAACCUGCAGAAUCAGGGGACCUGAUGCAUCCCAAUUAAAUUUACCACCUGGCUCUGGACCCUUCACAGUCUUCUCUGGGAUCUCAAGAACAGAAAUGGGAAUGAAUAAAGGUGAAAGCUCAAGCUAAACAGUGCAGGAAUUCAUUGUUAAGAUAUGCUUAGAAUCAAGACCUCGUUAGUACGCCAGUCUUACAACCAGUGUUAGAAACUAGGAGCUAAAUGGCACCUUAAACCUAGGUUGUGGGCGCCACAACGGAAUGUCUAGGUGCACUUUUUUAUAACAAGAAUACAAAGCUGAAAGUGAAUGAACUGCAGCCAAAAAUCUUAUGUUCAUUUUUCACAUGGUCUAGUCCUCACAGCAAAAAACAUAGUCAUGCUUCCCUUGCGUGCACCCUUAAUAUUCUUAUGAAGGUCCCACAAAAUGCUGCCUUUCUGUAAGGCCAGCUGAGAGGCAGAACCUAUCAGCUUGCCUGACACUUCAGUGAUCUUGGAAGUUGAGCCGGCAAGAAUUUCUUCUCCAACGCCCCCAGCGCCAGCAGUGGCAGCUGUAAUCUGAAAUCUUAGGUGCAGUACUGCACCCAGAGCUCAGAAAUUGCUCACGCUAAUUCAAUUCCCAGUUGCAAAAUGCGCCUAGAACAAUGGGAGUUUCGAAUGCUGCUUACAACAAAAACCCUCAGUUGCUGCCUGUAAGCUGUUUGUGGAACAACUGUAAGGGUUUGUUCCUUAUCAAUCAUCUAGACAGGCUGCUGUUCAACACUUGGCUCUCUUAUGUAUUAAUUCCAGUAGCACUGGAGAACUUCCCUGCUGGUCAGUAAUCUAGUUGUCAGUCAUCUUGCUUGCUUGCUGCCUUGCUCCCAUGCCUAUGCUGAAAGUCCAUGGAUUGCAAUGGAUAGAAGAGCAAUAAUUGAUUUCUCAUGCUACAAUAUUUCCUGCAGACUACAGUUUGAAUCCUGUAGCUUUCCAAAUACUGAUGGCACUAGCUUAAUUUGCUACAUCCCUUUUGCCAGGUAAAAAUCCAGGACCACAGAGGAAAGGAGGGAGUUCUAACCUAAUCAUAGCAGUCAGUUCUAUAGUACAGGACCAUAGAACAUGGGGAACACAUAGGCAACAAGCCUCCUAGGAAAAACCAAGUCUCACACAGCACUAUCAGUGAUUCCACAGAGGCAUCAAUGCACCAACUCUGUACCAAUGUCUGUGUGAUGGAAGUGUACAUUUUGCAAGGGAGAGGACUACAUACACAUACUACAAGAUACAUAUAUACUACAACAGCAAGCUCACAGUCCAGCCAAUCUCAGUGGGAAAGAAAUGGAAUGAGAAUAAGUGGGUUUUGGAAAUACAUUGCAAUGAUUUUUUAUUACAAGGCGAAACUUACUUUUGGGGGGUCCUGCUAGCAAGAAAUAGCAAAUAGCUAGAAACAGCCAUUUUAAAAGUUAUUUUGAAACAUAAAAGUGCAAACUAGCUGUGGUCUUUCAUCUCAUGAUAAAUUAUGGAAGGGCUGUGAGCUGGAUAAAUUGUCUCGUUUGUUCUUUUCAUCCCCCAAAUUAAGGAUUUUGUAGCAGGGUGCUGCACUACUUGGCUAUUUGGUUCCCUCUAACUCUGUAGUUCCGAAUUAAGACUCUUAAAACUGUUUUGUUCUUUAUUUGCAUUUUGUUGAGUUUGCAGGAGGCAGUUGGCUUUCACUUCACUAGAUCACAGAAAAUCUUUAGAGACUAGCUUUCCUGGCUGUCGCUUAAUAUGAGAUGCCAGAAAUUGGAAACUAACUGUAAUAAAAUUUAACAUGUGUACUUGUGCUUGCUAUAUUUGAGACUUAGCCAUUUUCAAUAUAUAGUCGGUAAUUUGAUAUAAUAUAUAGCAUAUAAUAUAUAGCAUCUUCUCAGUGGGUGGCACUAAGAUCAUAAAUCUCAAGUUGAUUAAAUUACGAGUUUCCUUUUGAAGUCCAGCUUUCAUUAGCUGUAGACUCAGCACUAAAAGAAAUCUUGGUAUUUGUCUAAAAAUUUGUGCCUCUAUAAAUAAAACUGAUCUAAUUCAAAAGUUUGGGUACUUAUGUAAGUGUGUAGAUGACUAGGAGAGAUUAAAUUCUCUUAUAAAUUUAGUGUAUAAUGUAAUCAAUCUGUAUUCUUUACUAACAAACUACCAACAAAGAAACACAUUACAUAUAGGCAUGUUUACAUGAAUGUAAUAUUGGGUUUUGUUGAAUAUGAAAGCUACAGCAAUACUGCACAUGCAUAACAAUUAUUAUAUUUUUCUUGUUUCUAUUUUUAGAAACCAGUAAACACAUUUCCAUUUUCAAUCCAUGAUAAUAGACAUUGUUUAUUGAAUGUCGGAGAGUACUUGGAUUCUGUAAGUAUUGUGUUUUUUGCUUGGGGCAAGGGGCUCUUUCUUUUAAGAGUUGCUGUCUCUUUUCCAAGUGAGCAAAUUCAUUCUCCCUUUUGUAGUAUCCCACUUUCAAAUGAUAGUAGAAUUGAUGUAAAAAGAGUGAAAGGCAGAACUGAUGACAAACAGAUAAAAAUACAUAGAUAAGACAUAGCAAUUUAAACAAAACGAUUAAAGCAACAUAAAAUCAAUCAGAAUAACCUCUGCUGCUCCUUACUAGAAAAAUAAUUUGUCUAAUGCAUCAAGAUCCUACUUAAUUAGAAGCUGGGCUAAAAAGUUUUUAGCUGGUACCUACAACCAGUAGUAGCACCAUCUAGCUUUCCAGAUAUAGGACAUUACAUAGUUUGGUAGGUACCACUGGGAAGGCCUUUUCAUUAGUUGUAGGAAAAUGGUCAGAAUCAUCAAAUCUUCCAACGACCCCCAAACCCGUGCAAAGCUCAUAGAUAUUAAAAGGACAUAUAGAAACAUGAUUCAUUGCAAGAAACAGCAGCACAUCCUUGAGGCUUGGUCCACUCUUCGUUCGGCUGUAGAGAGGCAUGACUCCCGCUCCUUCUGGCGCCUAGUUAGACCUUCGGCACCAUUCAAUCCAGCUACCCAGAUUUCCGCUGAUGAAUGGAUUGCCUAUUAUUCAACUAGUUUCGCUUCUCCAAACCAUCUUACAGAUCUCUUUCAAUCCCCGUCGGACCUCAGUUCCUGCUCUCUUAGUCCCACUUCUUCAAUAAACUUUACCUCAACUCGCAUUUUCAACAUCAUAAUGUCAAUGCAAAGGAAUAAGGCCCCGGCCCAGACAUGGUCCCGUUGGACCUUUUCCUGACUGAUCCUCUUUGGUGGAGCGAACACCUGACUCCUGUAUUCACCGCUAUCUCCUCCGCCCUAGACAUCCCUGACUCCUGGAGAGAAGCUAUAAUAGUUCCGAUCUUCAAAGGCGGCCAGCCAAACAUCCCUAGGAACUAUCGCCCCAUCAGCUUAUUAUCCAUCCCGGGAAAAUAUUUGCCGCUGUUUUACUGGAGGAACUUCUCUCAUGGGUCCAGGAGAGGAACAUUCUACCGCUAGAACAGAUUGGUUUCCGAAAGUCAGCGUCAACCAUGGACCAUUGUCUAACUCUCUAUCACCUUGCCAGUAAAUACACUGCUCCAAGGCAAGGCCACCUAUUUGCCGCUUUCAUGGACCUGGAGGCCGCCUUUGAUUCCAUUCCUAGGCAGAGAUUAUGGUCCAAACUUGCCCAUCUGGGAAUUGAUCCGCACCUCCUCUCCCUAAUUAUCUCCCUUUAUUCAAACACCACAGCUCGCGUCCGAACUGGUCCUAACGGCUCCCCACUACUCCAUUUCCAACGGCCAAGGGCGUCCGACAAGGUUGUCUCUUGGCCCCUUUACUGUUUAAUCUCUAUCUUCAUGAUGCAAUUUCCAUUUUGAAGCUAGCAUCUAAGUAUCCUCCUCACUUAGCAGGCCACCCCGUUGCUUCCCUUUUCUAUGCUGAUGAUGCCGUCAUCUUAUCCAGAACAGUUGCGGACCUAGCAAAUGCAGUUAAUGCAUUUAUCGCCUAUUGUAAGGCGGAAGCUCUUAAUAUUAAUUAUAAAAAUCGAAAGUCCUCCACUUCACUCGUUCCCGCAAACUCAAGUUGGAGCCGCUUAAGAUCACAGGUGGCUACUUAGAAAAGGUAAAAGCCUUUAAAUAUCUAGGAUUAAUAUUCACCUAUAAUCUCUCCUGGACCACCCAUCUACAAUCUGCCUUUCUCGCUGCAACCACGACCUCUAACGCCAUUGUCCGAUUUUACCACCAGAAGGGCGGCAAACACCUUCCAGCAGCAAUUCAAAUAUUUAAUGCCAAAGUCGUCCCUAAAUUAUUAUAUGGAUGCGAAGUAUGGACUACAGCAAUAUCAGGUAACCUGGAUCGCCCACUUCAUAUGUUUCUGAGAUCUCUUUCCGGCGUCCCGAGAUGUGUCUCAGGUGCAGCCCUACGACUCGAGUUCGCCCAGCCUUCAAUUGUUAGACGAGCAUGGAGUCGAGCCAUUUCCUACACCUUCCACCUAUUAGCAUCGGAUGCUCGAAUUAGAGGUGGCUUUUCCAAUCUGAUCCUAAGAGAUAUUCAUAAUUCCCCUUGGAAAACUACAAUUAACCUCAAAUUCCGCUCUCUUCUCAAUUUGAAUUGUAAAACUGUUCUUAACUUAGAGUGUAUCAGCCCGGUGGCCCUACCCCUAAUUAAAAGAAACUACAGCAACUUGACUUCUCCAACACAGCUUCUUGUGCAAGAGGACCGUGUUCAGGCCUAGCCCUAGCUAUUCCACCCCUGAAGGGAUCCCUCUAUACUGCUUCACAAUUUCUUCGGAGACUAAGCGAAGGGCCUUUACCUGUGCCCGUCUCAACUGUUUCCCUACAGCAGUUCUGUCGGGUCGUUAUUCCAGAGUUCCCAUCGCAAACAGAACAUGCUCCUGUAAUGACACGGCCCUGGAGACUAUGGAACAUGUAAUGCUCUUCUGUCCCAACUGGACAGAUGAAAGAUCUCGGUUUUUAACUCCCUCGUGAAUAAGUUCCAUCUCCCAAUCCAGCCUUGGAUAGUGUCCCUCUUUUUGCAGGAUUCUGAUUGUUGGAUUACCGAGAUGACAGCUAACUUCCUGCUUAGUGUGAUGAAGAGGAAAGCGGCACUAACUUCUUCCUUAACACCACAGCUGCAGUCGAUACGCCGCACAACCGAACGAAGUUCCAAGUAGCCUUAUUGUACAAGGACAAUCGAGUUAGGACUAAUCUGAGGAGCUGAAGGACCCUUCAACGGUCCUCCUCCAGCCUCAGCAGUUUUUGUUUGUUUUUUUUUUUCACUUUUUUUAAGUAUUCGCCCAGGACGAUAUCUACCUCUACCUCCCCACCCCCAUUUUAUGUUGUUAUUUCAAUGUAUAUCAUGCUAUGGCCACUCGGCUAAUGCAAUAAAUUUAUAAAAAAAUAUAGUUGUAGAGGUAUGACCUUCACUCAAAGAUGGUCUGACAAGUAGGCACCCCCAGCAAAUCUUAAUGGCCAGGUGCAAUUUACAGGGAGAUGAACCUAGGUCCUAAGUAAUUUGGAGCGUUAUUAAGUGGCUUCAAAACUUUGGCUCAGUAUAAGACAGGCAGCCAAUGUAGGUUCUUCAAAAUGGGUUUUAUAAGAGUACAACUAGACAAGCGAGUCAAUACUAUUGUCACAGAAUUCUGUACCAGCUACAGUUCACAAAUCAUUUUCACAGGCAGCUCCAGGUAGAGCACAUUAAGUAUUCUGGAAGUUACCAGGUCACUGUGGCUGAGCUAUCUGUCCAGGAGCGGCCUUAGAGAGUAGAUCAGCCAUACACUAGCUUCCACUAACAAAGAUGAGACCAAGAACACCCACAUAUUGUGCACAAGGUCCAUCAGAAGAAUUGCAGCUCUCGCCAUAAUAGGCCAUCUACCAAAUUCCUGGCUUUAAGGACAACCUACCCAAAAGACAUCUGUCUUUUGGGUAUUCAGCUUCAGUUUAUUGGUCCCAUCACUUCCUCCAGAGAGCAGUCUGAUGCAAUGCUAAAGUGUGAUAAAUUUUAACGGGUUUGCUUGUUUAUUUAUGUUUAUAUCUUGUCUCGUUGCAACAUUUAAGACAGAUUGCUUGCCCUUAACAUAGCUCUUAGAAGUGCACAAUAAGUGUCCUUAAUCAGAAGAAUGGAAAUAAAUGCUUGCUUUUAUGAAUGAUAUAGCUGUCCAGCCUAACCUUGAUCAAAAUGUCAGACUCAAUGGUGUCAGUAAGGGCUACCUCACACAUUGCUGUAGAAGCAGGUCAGCAUUAAAAUGUAGGGUGGAGUUCAAUGCUAGGCCUACUUAGAGUAAACUCAUCAAAAUUAAUGAGUAUGACUAAGUUUGGUCUAUUCAUUUCAGUAGGUUUACUCUGCAUAGAAAUUAGUUGAAUUCCACUCACAGUGUAUACUUGUGUCUACUUCACACUGAGUGAGGCAACUCUACAUCUUUUUUCACUAUGGAAAAUUAAAUUGGCCUUGGUUCCCUGAUUCAGUGAUGUACACAACUGUGCUUCAAGUUUGUUGACGUGUAUUCGCUUCUCCUGUAUAUCAGAUGAGAAUGAUAUCUUUAGAAAUUAAUUGUUUAUCUGCAAUUAUCAAAAUGCGCUCCCAAAUAUGCUAAUAAAACAUUCUGUGAUGGUUCUGUAAUUAGGGUAUAUUGUUAGCUACCUUAAACAGUGAGAAAAACCUGAAGUAUAUGUGUUUUCUUUCAUCUCUUUUAGGGACUAGGUCUAAGGAAAUUUCAACGCGAGACAUGCCAACACCAUUCAGAAAGCUACCUUUUUUUGGCCCAUGAACCCAUUCCAAGCAGUACUGACAAGCAUACCAUUUAUCAGACUUCAUUUGUCGAGUAUCCAAAUACCAAGCGGUCCAUUCUGGGGCGAUUUCCCAAAAGCCAUGCAGAUCGGUCCUUUGCUUUAAAUUCUUCAGCUGCAAACGAUUAUCUGUGGUUUUCAAAAGGCCAUGCCAAUCCUAAUAUUUCAGCUCCUGUCAGGCCUGAGAGAAGCUCUCUCUCUGAGCCUCAGCAACUUUUACCUGCUGAACAUUCAACAGAAUAAAUUUUCCAUGUGAAGACGCUACUAAACCACAUUCCAGUGUGGAUUUACAAUAGGCUUUUAAAGAUUAGCAAACACCACCUUUAUCAUUCUACUUUUUCCCCCCUGGAUCUGAAAUUAUUUUAAGAAGCUAAGUGGCAUUAAAGCAACAGGAAUUGGAUGAGUGGUUGCAUUUAUACAGCUGGGUGUUGUAUUUUUAAAAAAGGAUCAGUGUAUUUGGAAAAGGGAAACACGUUUUAUGUUUGCCUUGAAUAUAAAAUAACUUUAGUUUUCGCUCUAAAACAUCAAGAUUUUUCACCGUGUCUCUCGAGGCUUGAGCUAUCUCUACCUCCAUCUGGCAAUCGGUUUAACAACCUG